AUGACGUCGAAACCUUUGGACCUGCACGACUCGUUCGAGGACGCGGCGCGACGCGCGGGCGCGCAGACGUGGAUCGAAAGCCUGGACGAGGACCCGGAAUCGAGCGCGCGCGCGCCGAACCGAACGUCGCGAGAGGUGAGAUCGGGGCACUACGUGGAGGUCGAGCCCGAGGCGCUGGCGAACCCUCGCGCGCGGUUGGCGUCGACGACGUGCGCGGAGGCGAUCGGGUUUAAAAUCGCGCGAGAGUGCGAAAACUUGGAGGAUGGGUUCGUGAAAUAUUUCAGCGGUGACGUCGGGGGGGCGCGGGAGACGACGAUGCGGACGUGGGCGACGCCGUACGCGCUGAGCAUCAUGGGACAGCGGAUGACGAGCAACUGUCCGUUCGGAAACGGGAACGGGUACGGCGAUGGACGCGCGAUUUCGGUGGGAGAGAUGGUGAAUCCGGUGACUGGACAGAGGUAUGAGCUCCAGUUGAAGGGGGGGGGGCGGACGCCGUUUUGUCGCGGCGCGGAUGGACGCGCGGUGUUGAGGAGUUCGAUUCGAGAAUUUUUGGCGAGCGAGGCGAUGCACGCGUUGGGGGUGGAUACGACGCGGGCGUUGUGUUUGAUCGAAAGCGUUCGCGGGACGACGGCGCGAAGGCCCUGGUACAGCCCGACGAGCGACGAGGAACACGCCAAGCGCAAACGCGAUCCGGACAUCAUGAUACAAGAGCCGUGCGCGAUCACGACGCGCGUUGCGCCGAGUUUCAUGCGCAUCGGGCACAUUGAUCUGUUUUCGCGACGCGCGACGGCGCCUCGAGCGACGGCGCUUCAGAAGGAACAGCUCAAGAAAAUCAUUCGCCACGCGGCGUUUCGAGAGUUCCCAGAGACUAUCGAAGAGCACGGAGAAGACAUGGCGAAAGUCACUCGAUCGAUGCUCGAAAAAUCUGGCAAGAAAAUAGCGAAAAUGGUCGCGGGAUGGAUCCGCGUCGGGUUUUGUCAAGGAAAUUUUAACGCCGACAACUGUCUCGUCGGCGGACGAACGAUGGAUUACGGCCCCUUUGGUUUCAUGGACAAGUACGACCCCUCGUUCGCCAAGUGGACGGGGAGCGGUGAUCACUUUGCGUUCAUGGCGCAACCCAAAGCUGGGCUCACGAAUUUCGCCGUGCUGGCGGUUUCGUGCGCGCCUUUACUCGCGGGCGGCUCGGACGAGGCGACGGAGCUCGUGCGCGAGAUGGAGGCGACGUUUGAGAACGAACUCAACGACGUCUUCCGCGCCAAGCUCGGGUUUGCGCCGAACGAAGACUCAGUGCGCGUCGCGCGCGACUUGUUCCGCUCAGAAAAUGGUCUCGAAGGUUUGAUGUACGAGAGCCAGGCGGAUUGGACGGUGACUUGGAGACGGCUCGCGGAGUGCGCCGAAGUCGCCGACGAGAGCGACGACGAGGCGCUUCUCGCCCCGUUGCUGGAGACGUGCUUUUACGGUAAUUCGAUGAAUGAUGAGCGCAAAGCGAGCUGGUGCGCCUUCAUACGUCGAUGGAGAGACGCACUGAAGGCGUCUGGGACGUCGCUCGCCGACGCAGCGAAGCGCAUGCGCUCGGAGAAUCCAAAGUACGUCUUGCGCGAGCACUUGCUCGUCGAUGCGUACACCAAAGCCUCCGACGGCGACUUUUCGCUCGCUGAAGAGUUGUUUGAGCUCACGCAGCACCCGUACGGGGGUGAAGGCGACGAUGCGAAGUACGACGCAAAGUAUUUUGUCAAGGCGCCCGAGGAGGCGCUGACGUCUGGCGGCGUCGCGUUCAUGUCUUGA